UCCUAAUAUUAUAUUAAUUUUUUUUUAACAGUCUUCCACAUUGAAACCAUAUUUGGAUGCUAUUCGAGGCACCUUGAAUGCUGUGAUCUGUCUGCAGAAUUUCGAUUCUCAAGUGGUUGAAAGGCAUAACAAACCAGAGGUGGAAGUAAAAAGCAGCAAAGAACUUCUUCUUACGCCUGUCACAAUAAGCAGAAAUGAGAAAGAAAAGGUUCUUAUAGAGGGAUCCAUUAAUUCUUUAAGGAUUAGCAUCAUGAUAAAACAGGCUGAUGAUAUUGAAAAGAUUUUAUGUCACAAAUUUAUGCGCUUUAUGAUGAUGAGAGCUGAACAUUUCACAGUACUCCGAAGGAAGCCAGUUGAGGGUUAUGACAUCAGUUUCCUCAUCACAAAUACCCACACAGAGCAGAUGUACAAACACAAGCUUGUAGAUUUCAUCAUUCACUUCAUGGAGGAAAUAGACAAAGAAAUAAGUGCUAUGAAACUAGCUGUUAAUUCUAGAGCCAGAAUCAGUGCAGAAGAAUUUCUGAAACGUUUUUAAACUCUUCAUUUGUGUCAUUUAAGUUUACUUAUUAUAUUUGAUAUGUGUAAGGCCACAUGAUCUAUGCUAGAAACAUCAUCAGAAUCCAGCCUUGUGAUAAUUAGAGGUGCAUGGACACAGAUUUGAAGUUAAUAUUUUCUGUAUAUUAUUACGACAUGUGUAUUUUUAUAGCAUUUCACACAAAAAUAAAAUAAAAAUCUUAUUUCAUUCAAAAGUUAUUAAAACUUGAAAUAUUUUGGUGGGUUUGAUUGACACUUCCUUGCACUUUCACAAAUUU